AUGCUUCGAGAAUUAAAUAAUAAAUUGAUUUCUCAACCGACAAUUAAUAACAUUCUGAAUAAUCCUGGCUGCUACUUAUUCAAGGAUAAAACAGGAGCAAUAAUUUAUGUUGGCAAAGCUCAAAAUCUGAAAAAGAGGGUUAGUAGUUAUUUUCCCAGUUCCCCCGACAAUUAUUUUCAUCAACAAAUUCAUAGUUUUAAUACUAUUAUUACUAAUAAUGUCAAAGAAGCCUUAAUUUUAGAACAAAACCUAAUUAAAAAGUAUCAGCCACGUUUUAAUGUUCUGCUAAAAGAUAACCAUUAUUAUCCUUAUUUGGAAAUUACCGGUGGGGAAAAUCCUCGUUAUAAAGUAGUGCGGAAAAUUAAUCUGACCAGUCCCAAUGAAUAUUGCGGUCCCUUUCCGGACGGUAGCAAAGCCCGGGAAAUUUUACAAUUAUUAGAAAGAUUAUUCCCGCUCGCUAAAUGUAAAGAAGUUCGGAAAUUCUUUCAUGGUCAAACCCAAGAAAUAAAGCAGAAAAUCAAAAACUCACUACGGAAAAAUAUUACUAAUUUAGCUUUUGAAAUCGCUCAUAAAGAAAAAAAAAUACUUGAUAAUAUUGACUUUUUUACUAGCCAACAAAAUAUUGAAUUUGGUAAAGAGGAAAAUUGUGAUUUUUUCGGUAUCUAUCAGCAAGAAAAGGUCAUGGCUUUUUAUCUCCUGAUUUACCGCUAUGGAAAAUUGGUGGCUACUGAUGAGGCAGCCUUUCCCAUUUGGGGCAACCAAGCCGAAAUUGUCGAAACUUAUCUGUACCAGUUUUACCAGAAUAAUUUACCACCGCAAAUACUUUAUAUUUCGCAAAAAUUACCAGGAAUUGAAUUAUUAGCAGAAGAGUUGGGGUUUGCUUGUAAAUCACCCCAACGAGGUCGCAAAAAAGAAGUAAUUAAUUUAGCCCAAACCAAUGCUCAGCAGUUUCAACAAGUCAAUAAAAGCCAAGCAUUGACGGAAAUAAGCCGGUUUUUAGCCAUUACCGCACCCAAUUAUUUGGAAUGUUUGGAUAUUUCUAACCUUUAUAAGCAGGAUAUAGUGGCGGGAUUUUUAACUUUUAUUAAUGGUGAAAAAAAUCUGCUGAAAAGCAAACUUUAUAAACUAGCAAAAACUGAGCAGGAAAGUGAUAUAGCAAGGAUAAAGACCGCUUGUCGCCUUCAUUACCAAAAAUAUUCACCUGAAAAAAUGCCCGAUUUAAUAAUAGUUGAUGGGGGAAAAGAACAAGUAAAAGCCGUUCAGCAAGUUUUACAAGAAUUAAAAUUAAAAGCCCCAGUAAUUGGACUAGUUAAGGACGAAAAUCACCGCACCGCCAAAAUAAUUACUAAUGAGUUAAAAGAAUUAGAUUUUGGGAAAAAUGAGAGAAUUAAGAAUUUUUUGACUAAUUGUCAAGAAGAAGUUCACCUUAACAACACUAAAAAUAAACUUAACAAGGCCGAAAAAUAUUUACUGGAAAAAUUAUUACAGGAGCAUCUAAAAUCACUCUCAACCGAAAAUUCCAAUUCAGAAGAGUUAACCGAAUUAAAAGAAAUUUUAACUGAAAAAUUAAAUAAAGUAGAGAUAGAAACUAUUUUAGUCAAACAAAAAGAACUAAGAGAACUAGAAAAACACCUAAAAAACUUGCAAGAAAGGAUAGAAAUUGAAGAGCCUUGCGAAAAACCAUUUAAAUCAAAUGUUAAAGGUUAUUGUGAACAGCACGGUUGCCAUGUAUGUGACUAUGUAAAUCUGAAAGGGAAAUACCAAAAUCCUCCGCGAGAUUUUAAACUUGAUUUUGGAACGAAAGAAGAAGUUUGCUCGUCAAAUUGUAAAAUAAAAGCCGAAAGCGAACAUUGUAAAGAAGAAAUCAAAAAACUGGAGGAAAAAAAGAAAAAAUUGCUUCAAGAGAUUGAGGACAAAAGCCAAGAACUAACUAGGGAAAUAAAAAGUGUUUUUGCUCCUUUCUAUGAGAAAAUUAAAGAGGCUAAAGAAAAAUUAUAUUACCUCAAAACAAAGACUGUUAAGAAAGAAUAUCAGUAUAAUGAUUACCAAUUCAUUAUUGUUUGUCGUUCGUCAAUUGCUUCUUCCAAAAAAUAUAAAGACAUUGAAGAACAAAAUCAAAAAAAUAAUAUCCCCGAAUGUAAAAAAUGUCAAUUACGACGAGAACAGCCGACUACUUUUCCAGCUGGUUACGAGGGUCCACCAGUUAAUAAUGACAAUAAUACGCCAUCCCAGGAUGGUUCUCCCACUCCUUCCGAUAAUUCUGGCAAUGCCCAGAUAAUUCCUCUAACCGCAAAUCUAAGGCUGAUACCACAACUAAUCAAUUUCAACCAAUAA